UCAAACAGAUUUCAAUGAUUCUACUCAUAAUUGUCGCUUUCUUACCAUAUAUACUUGGUGAGAUUGUGAGAAUUCCUCUCCACCCUUUGAAACGAUCUGAUUCGUUGCUGGGACUUCGUACGAGUUACUUUAAGCCUUCGACGAGAAAAUCGAACUAUGAAUGGAGUAAACAGAAUACAUCUACACCGGAACAAUUGAUUAAUUAUGCAAACAAGUGCAUAUUAUAUGAAAGUUAUUUCAAAUUAAAAGAAUUUCUUAAAGUAAACAAAUUAAUAAUUAUUUCCAUGUCACACUGUCUAAAUUUUGAGUGAGAAAUAAUCAUUUAAUUUAGCUUCAGUAUUAUGGUGAGAUAUCAGUGGGAACUCCACCUCAAAAGCUACGAGUAUUAUUCGAUACAGGAUCAACUGAUACGUGGUUCGCUUCAAGAAAGUGUUGGUUUCUUGAUAUAUUUUGUUGGAUGUUUUCGUUUUACGAUAGCUCGAAAUCGUCGACUUAUGUAGCAGAUGGUUCCAGUUUUUAUGUCAGUUAUCUGGAUGGUGAUUUCUCUGGAUUUUGGAGUGUGGACACUAUACGAAUAAACUCUUUGGAGAUCCGUAAUCAAGCGUUCGCUGAAAUGAGGAGUAUAUUUAGACUGGAUUACUUCACUAGUCAAUAUGAUGGAAUAAUUGGCAUGUCGACUAGGCGAAUAUCGCUAGAUGGAAAUAUUCCAAUGUUUCCGAAUAUACUGGCUAAUGGUGUGAAUAUGGACCCAAUAUUCUCAUUUUAUUUAAAUCGGAAAAAUGGUGAAGAGAUUGGUGGUGAAUUGGUACUUGGUGGUGUAAAUCCUAAAUAUUUCAAAGGUGAUUUUGAAUAUGUACCUACUAUUCACAAUUAUAUGUGGGAGAUUCGAAUGCUAAGUUUGCAAAUAAAUGGGAUAAACUUUUGCAACAUAUGUUCUGCUGUUAUUGACACUGGAACAUCUUUAAUUAUUGGACCAAUUGAACAAGUGAAAAGAAUCAAUUCUUUACUUCAUGCUUCUGACCUUUUUGGAAGAAAAGUCCUUGACUGUGGUCGAAUUGAUAUGCUUCCUUCGAUUGAGUUCAUAUUUCAUAGGAAAAAGUACAUUCUGAAGCCAGAACACUAUGUAGUGAAGGAGACCUUAUUAUUUCAAACAAUUUGUUUGUCACCUUUUCAAUCUCGUCUUUCGUCGCCUCCUAACUGUUGGGUUCUUGGUGACGUAUUUAUGGGGAAAUUCUAUACUGUAUUCGAUUUCGGUCAGCAAAGAAUUGGACUGGCUGAUGCUGUGGGAGCAUAGAGAUGGUUUCAUCGACGAAAACAAAGUUGUAUGCAAUAAAAAGAGAAAUAAAUAAAAAAAUUGUAUCUUGGAAAUAAUUAAGGAAUGUGUGUCAAUAAGCACACAUUAUGAGGUUGGUGUAAGAAGAAAAUGUACAUAUCACGACUAAUUGUUUCAUAAGAUGUUACUUAUGAAUUGUCUUGAUAGGAGAUUUUCGUUACAAGGAUUAUAAUAAUUUGAGGUAGCAGUGGGGAACCAGUAAUUUUCGAUAGGGGGAUUGCGACAUCCUACUGAAGUAUAAAUAGUGUAUCGAGGUGCGAUUCUAGUGAAAUUACAGAUUAUUCGUAAUCAUUCACAACUAGUGAAGAAAAAAGAGAAACAAUGAACACAGAAUAACAACAGAAAUAAUUAGUGUGAUAGACCUGAUGUUACUCACGUGUUGUUGUUUUAUGACCUACUGAUUCAAUUAGAUUUUAUUAAGAAUAAUCUGGUCAACUGCGGAGGGAGGUUUAGUAAACAUGUUGAGUAAAAAUAAUGACUAAGCACUGUAUGUUCUUAAAAUUUCAUCGGUGGAAGAAACGUAGUUACAUGUUUGAUUAUUUUUAAAGGGAGGAUAGAGCUAGAGGUAAUGAUAAAUCGAAAAAUAGUCGUAUCGAUUUUACUUCAUUCACAGAUUAACAAAUUAUUCAAAAGUUUCGGAAACUUAUAAGUAAUUCAUAAGAAGAGUAAGGAUGAGACGGUUUUAUUUUUGGUAAAGUUAUGCAUGUUAAAAUUAAGGAGAUCUACUUACUUCAUAGCACCAAUGUAGGCAAACAAUGGUUUAUUUAUUAUUGUGAAGGCAAAAAGAAGGUUUAUCUUGACUCUUCACUUUCAUAAAGUGUUGGGUUCAAGUACACUGGAUGUGAAGUUGUAGUUUAUGGUAGAACCAUCCCUAGGGAUGCAUAGUGUUAAUUACCGCAGGAUUUAUUUCAAUCUAUGUUUAUGAUUAAUGCUAACGCUAUUCAGAAUAAAAGUGCAUUAUUCCAGACGUGGUCGAGUACAUAUUUCGCG